AUGAGUGAAGACUUCAUCGUCGACCAUGAGCGGGCCGCGAUGGCGACAGAAAUGUUCCUGCAUUUCUGUGCCGCCACCACGAUGAAACAGAUCCGCGGCCUGUACUGGAAUAUGCUGGACACGAUCGGUCUCCGGCCAGGUCCACUGAGCGAGUUCUACCCAAAGCUGAAGGCGACGAUCCGAGACUGGCGAGCGCAGGCCCUCUUCAAGAAGUUCGACGCUCGAGCCGCCCACAAGGUGUACAGCAAGGGCAAGGCUGCUAGUAACACACGCGUCCUGAUCGUCGGUGCAGGUCCUUGUGGGUUGCGGACGGCCAUCGACGCUCAGCUUCUCGGUGCCAAAGUGGUGGUGGUGGAAAAGCGAGACAGAAUCAGCCGCAACAACGUGCUGCACCUGUGGCCGUUCAUCAUCCACGACCUAAAGGCGCUCGGAGCGAAGAAAUUCUACGGCAAAUUCUGCGCCGGUUCAAUCGAUCACAUCUCGAUCCGGCAACUGCAAUGCAUCCUGCUAAAGGUCGCCCUUCUGCUCGGUGUAGAGAUGCACGAGGGUGUCUCGUUCGUGAAGGAACUCGAACCCGGCGACGGAUAUGGUUGGCGUGCUGCGGUUUCGCCAGAGGACCACGCCGUAUCGCACUACGAGUUCGACGUGCUCGUAGGAGCCGACGGCAAACGCAACACGCUCGAAGGAUUCCAGCGUAAGGAGUUCCGCGGAAAGCUAGCGAUCGCCAUCACGGCUAACUUCAUCAACAAACGCACCGAGGCGGAAGCGAUGGUCGAGGAGAUCAGCGGCGUGGCGUUCAUCUUCGAUCAACCGUUCUUCAAGGCACUGUACGAGAAGACCGGGUGUGAUCUGGAGAACAUCGUGUACUACAAGGACGACACGCAUUACUUCGUGAUGACAGCCAAGAAGCACAGUCUGCUGCACCGUGGCGUGAUUAUGAAGGACCUUAGCGAUCCGGCUGAGCUGCUUGCACCGUCCAACGUUGACAAACCGAAGCUGUACGAGUACGCGCGGGACGCGGCCAAUUUCGCGACCAAAUACCAGAUGCCAAACCUGGAGUUCGCGGUCAACCAUUACGGCACGCCGGACGUGGCCGUGUUUGAUUUCACCUCCAUCUUUGCGGCGCACAACUCGUGCAAGGUGACGGUGCGCAAGAACUACCGGUUGCUGUCCUGUCUGGUCGGAGAUAGCUUGCUUGAGCCGUUCUGGCCGACCGGUUCCGGGUGUGCCCGUGGUUUCCUCUCAAGCAUGGAUGCGGCAUUUGCGAUCAAGCUGUUUGCGAACCCCAAAAACAGCCUGUUGGCGACGAUCGCUCAGCGGGAAUCGGUGUACAGGCUGUUAGGGCAGACGACGCCCGAGAACCUCAAUCGGGCCUUUGGAACGUACUCGCUGGAUCCGUCAACGAGGUAUCAGAACCUCAACAAGUCAUCGGUGCAGAUCGCGCAGAUUAAACACCUGCUCGAUACGGACGACAUGACUUUGUUGGAGCAGACGUUCUUGGAUACGAAUGCGAUUGCUGCUUGUGCGACACCAGCAGCCGAGUUGCCGGUUAAGCGAAAGCGCCGUACGAUCGAUGUGGUGCCGCUUGGGGCUACGUUGUUGCGCUGGCUUAAGUCUCAGCUCAAGCAGAGCAGCUUCGUGCAGGAGCUGAACGAACCGGCUGAGUGUUUUACCAACGGAAAGGUGCUUUGCACGCUAAUCCAUCGAUACCGGCCUGAUCUGGUUAAUCUGGAGGAGCUCGCUGACUUCAGUGCCGACGUCUGCAACGAGCAUGCGUUCAAUAUUUUUGAAAAUCAACUUGGCAUACCGCGCGUGAUGUCCGGCCAGGAAUCGGUGACACUGGCGGGUGUUGACACGAAGAUGUGGCUCAACUAUCUCGAGCAGAUAUGUGACGUGUUCCGCGGUGAGAUCCCACACGUGAAGCACAUCAAGCUGGACUACGCCGAGUUCAAGCAGAAGCAGGAAUCGAACGCAGACGCCUGGGCGAAGCUGGGUCGCAUGGCAAGCUCGGCGCGAAUGACUUCGACCGAUGGCUCGAAGGAACUCGUCCAGAUCGCGUCCUCUUCCGGACCGUUCCCAGCGGCACGGCCCGCCAACAAGAACUACUACCACCCGAACGCGGAAGAGGAGCGAUAUAAGCGGGGCCACGUGGCUUCGCCCCAGAACGACACGAUGCGACGGAUGCGGAAGCGCCGCAGCAACGAAAAGUCCGGCAAUAUCGAGGAGCGCACUCGCCGACUGCAGGAGAUCGAAGCGAACAGGCUCGAUCGCCAGUCAAAGCGGCGUGAACAGCGCGCCCAGCAAACGCAGAACUUCUACAAGAGCAUCCACAUGCUGCAGGCGAACACGCUGCUCCGCGAGAGUGACGGCUCGAGUGCGUUCGAGGACUAUUCGCUCUACCUGUACCGUCAGUCUGCACCGGAGUUCAACGAUCGUGUCCGGGAGCUCGAGCUCAAGCUGCGCUAUCCUGAUCGGGAGCGUGGUUUAACAGCACCGUACCCGCGAGGCCUUACCGAUGGAGAUCAGUUCAGCGAUCGCGUCCGUUCGAUGGAACAGCGAAUCGACAGCAAACCACUGCCGGUGACGGAGAAGAAACCGAAAGAUUUACUACGAGCCAUUGGCAAGAUCGACAGCAGCGACUGGAACGUGAAGGAGAUCGAGCGCAAGAUUGAGCAGUCGAAGAAGGCGACCGACAUCGGUAAGAGCCGGGAACGUGUACCGAACUGGAAUCGGGAGCAGUUCCUUGCGCGCCAGAACCGGUUGAUGCAACCGCAGGACGACGAAAAGUAUAAAGAGAUCGACAGCUCGCUGAAGGCAAUCGAUAAGCAGCUCAAGGAGGGCCAUAAUCUGGAUCUAGGCGAGCGGGGCAAGAACAAGGUGGCCCUGAUUGCAGGGCAGCUGCAGACGACAAAGCAGGCGCAGCUGAAGCAGCAGCAACUGUUGCAACAGCAGCAGCUGCAUCAACAGCAGCAGCAGAAGUCGAAUCCCAAAGCACUAGUCUUAACGGCAAGCGGUGUUGCAGAAAAGUGUCAUUUCUGCAAGCAGCGUGUCUACCUGAUGGAGAAAAUUUCAGCCGAAGGAUUAACGCUGCACCGAUCCUGCCUGAAGUGUCAUCACUGCCACACGAUCCUGCGCCUCGGUGGAUACGCGUUCGAUCGCGACGAUCCCGAGGGUCGGUUCUACUGUACGCCUCACUUUAAGCUUCCGGCGAAAACGCUCAAACCGGUAUCGCGCAAAUCGCACACCAGAUCACGUGCCUCGGGCCCAAUAAUUGGACGUGUGAUCGACGCGAGUGACGCCAACGUGCGAGCCGGAACUGCGGGUGCCAUCGGAACGGGAGAUUCGACUACGGACCAAGGCGCGUCCAUCGUUGAUUAUCUUGCACGAAGCCGCACGCCAGAUGACGCUGACUCGGAUGAUGAACCCAACAUGGAGGUGAUCGACGAGAACGAGUGGACGGAUCGCAAUUUCGGCACCGAAUCGGAGGUGUCCGAUGAGGAGCUGUCCAGCUCGGAUGACUCGGAAUCGGACAGUGAAUCGGAGUAUGAAGAAACGGCUGGUUCGCCACUCGGUGCCCAAACACUGCAGCUUGCAUCGGAGUGGAUCAGUGACAAGCGGUUCUUGAACAUGGUUGAUAGCGAUGCCGAUUUCUAUAGCUACUCCAGCGAAGAUGAUGAUGCUGACUCGCAAACGGAAGGUGAAGAGUUGGCUCGAGCUCGUGAGAUGCGCAGACAGGAAGUGAAGUUGAUGCCACCACCAACGCUGCCUACUGACACGGAAACUGAGGUAAGCGUGGCAGACAAUGUUAGCCAUCCCUCGGUGCCACCGAGAGGUGUGCUAGCACCGCCCGCACCUGCACCGGUGCCGCAGGAGAGUGCCGAAGAUCGUGCCCUCAAGGAGCGCAUGCUCAAGAAGCUUAGCGUGCGCGAACAGUGGCUGCACGCGCAAGGAUCAUCACCGGAACGCAGCCAAACGCCGGAAAGCGGAACGUCAGCGAACGCAGCAGCAGCAACGUGGGCAGCAGCCGGUGGCUGUGACUCGAGCAAAUCCAAAAGCACCUCCUUCUUCGGUGGCCUCAUGAACAGCUUAACUACACUCAUCAAACCGAAAGCACAGAACUCACCACCUAUCGCUAGCACACCAUCCCCACCACCACAACAUGCGCCACAAACGCUUCCAUCAUCAGCGCCAUCUUUGUCAUUGCCACACUCACCAGCUGUCACACAGUCACCGACCGUUGCAGCGGUUGCUGGUGAAAAGUUAGCUUCUACACCUCCGGCAAAGGCUGCAGCAGCAGGUGUACCGAUCCGCAAGGUUGGCUCGUUGCAAAACGCAGACUUAGCCGCUUGUCCACCGUCUCCGUUGCCGUCGGUAAAGAGCCAAAAGGUCGUGCCACCAUCACCGGUACCGUCGUUGAAAGGCCACAAAGCGGUUCCGGCGUCACCGACACCGUCGCUAAAGAAGCACCGCAAACACGCGAAACCUGACGCUUCGCCAUCACGUGGCAGUGAGCAGGAGUUUGAGCGUCUGGUGUUGGAAGCGGCCGGUCAGCUAUCUUCGUCACCACUCAGUCAACGCUCCAACUCUGCCCUGAGCAGCACCGGAAGCUCCGGGCGUCAUCGGCAGGCGACAACUACCAAGGAAGCGCAUGACGAUGCGGAUGAGUUUUUGCGCCAACUCAAAAAGGAACAGUUGGAGUCGGAAAAACGCUCGAAAAAGCAGGAAGCUAAGAAGUUUAAGAACAGCAUGCAAUCGAUCCGUUCGGCCGUCGAUGGCGGACCGAAGGUUGUGGGUGUUAAAAGUGAGCAGGACGUUGCGAAGUUCUUCGCCGAUAAUCAAAAGGCUCACGCGGUGAAGAAACCGAAACAGCUGCCCAACAAGGAUGUGACCGCACUUCAGACGGCUAGUCUGGCCCGUUUCUUCCCCGGUAAUACGAGUGCAAAGACGAGUGCCACCGGUACUCCGUCUUCGGUGUCCAGCGUUGAGGGUUCACCGGCGCUUGGCCGUAAGAAACCAAGCGAGGCGGACCUGCUGAAGUACUUCGGACCGUCCGUUGGCAGCAAAUCGAAUGCUUCCUCGUCAACUCCACCCUCGUCACUGGUGUCGCCGGCCAUAUCGCGCAAGAGCAGCAUUGAAUCGCCCGGACCGAUCCGUAAAUCGAUGACCGGUACAGCGGUGAACCCGAAACCACCGGUUGUGCCGUUGCCGCCGAAGAAAAACAUUCUAGCUUUCCAACCGAUCAGAAAAUCUAAGACUGAGAUCGCCGUCCCGGCCACGGAGCCGAAGAAGAACGUGUUGGCCAGCCAACCUAAGGCACCCCAGUCGAAACCGUCGGCGAUCCCGAAACCAACGAGCUCGCCUAAAUCGACGGCUCGUAAGGGCGUUACAGCUGCUACGUCCUCCCCAAAACGGGUGUCACCUAUUAACGCCGAAGAUCAGCUGUUCGAGGACCUUCUGCGGGAUGUAGAUGAUGCGCUGAUCGACACGUUUGACUCUAUCGUGGAAGAAUCGAGAUCAAACAAAUCAAGCCCGAAAGCGUCUCGAAAGAACGCUGAAAAGUCAGCAAAUGCAAAUGGAGCACGCAAACAGUCGCCAAAGAAAAAGAAGACAGAAAAAAGAAGUUCUCCGCCUGUGGAAGUUAAACCCACACCAGUGACUUCCGCUGUACCGAAGAUGACCAUCAAACGACCGGCUUUCAAGAUAACGAUUCCUGUUAAGAUGCAAGAAACCCUCGAAGAGAUAUACCUGGCAAGCCUGUCCAAACUGGACACUCGCUCUUCUUCGAUGAUAGAUCUUACUGAUCACGGGGUAUCGACGGCUAUCAAAGAACCGACGACGGAGACGGUGGAUUCUAGCAGUACCAUUACUGCAAGUGUGCGUGAAGAGUUAGGUAAAGUUGUGGAAGAGCCCGAGGGAGAUAUGCAGCGGAAGUCGAGCUCACCAUUGGCGAGCUCCUUUCGAGGCACCUCCCGGAACGGCGUCAGUGAUGAGCUUACUUUGCAGCCCUUUCAGGCCUCCCAGAAGCAGCAAACACCACCGUCGACGAGGACGACGAACAUCGGACAAGCGAAAGAUGCGAAAGCGACCCCGACACCGGCAGCGAGUACAUCGAGAAAGGAGAAGAUCUCACCGACGGCGACAGCAGCCGCAGUAUCACCAGCGAAAACGACAAACUCACCGACGAAGGACACGGCGUUAGUGAAUGGCUCGAUCCAAGCAGCAGUGAAUCCGAAGUCUGGCAGCCUGGCGAACUUGCCAGUGGCGCAGACUACGCCACCGAAUGGAACACCGACUGCAUCGAGGAAAGUUAUAUCUAGCGUGCAAAUCUCGUUGAAACAAUCGGCGUGCCCUGCUCAGGCUGUCCCGAAUGUCGAGCCUCGGGAUAGCCCUCUAAAAGCGGAACAGCCUAAUGCAACGUCGAAACAAGCCUCUCCUGAAGUGAAACCCGCAACUCAAACCAAACAAGUACAAGAUCCUACCCGACCAAUGGCUCGUAAAGGCGUUGAUUCCAGUUUAGCCGCCCUGAGGCAACCGCAGCCAGCGAAGUCCGCAUUCGCUGUGGUAUCCAAGGAUGGAUUGGCGCAAAAAUCUAUUUCCAUGCUUGAGUUGCAUCGAAUGCCGAACAAACACAUUGAGAAACCAGCUACAACGUCCACUAUGUCGAAUGGCAUUGAAUCGCCUGUUAUGAAGCGAAAACCGGUAGCAAUUAAAAGUCAACCGCAACGUACCACUAGCAUUGCGGAAGGAGCAAUCGCACCAGUGGUCGACAAUAAACCUUCUGGUAUCAUUGAGCUGAAGGCGGAAAAAAAUGUUGGCAAUACUCCAACAAAACCCACAGUACAGCAGCAAUCAAAGUGUGAUCAACAAUUAAAUAAAGCCGCAGAUCAAACAUCUAGCAAGGAUACUCCAGCUGAACUACGCGUCAACAAGGAUGGUCAGAGAAUGCACGAACGUUCACGUACACUCUCGUCCGACGAGCAGUGCUUCGAGGAACUGCGCAAGAAACACGAAGCUAUAUUUGCCAUUCAGGAACAAGACAAACUUCCUGAUUCUAAUGCACUUCCGCAGAUCGCUAGUGAACCGGUGCCAAAAACGCUCUCGGAUGUGCGCAACUUGUUACUGAUUUCACCAACCAAUGCCACCGUUCUCAAAGCAGUUGAUACCGAUGAUCGAAUUGAUCCGCAGUACCGCGAAGGCAUCAAUCAACUGAUGAUGGAAUUGAUGCCAGGUGAACUUUUGGAUGACGAUGUGCCAAUUCCGAAGCAACGUCAAAAGUCCUCAUUCCGUAAAGAGUUCCAAAAGCUGCAACGUGCAAACUCGAUUGCAACCCCUGGUCAUUCGGCGGAACAAACGAAGGCGACAACUCCGAUUGCCACUGAGUAUAAAAUGGAGGUAAUCCGAGAGACCAAUAAAGCAGCAACCAGCAAAAUAUCUGCAGCGUUACCCGCUACAACCAGCAAGAUAUCUGCUGCUCCAGAGCAACGCCUGGGUAGUGAGGAAAAGAUGCAAAUACGCCUCGAACGGUCGACACAAAUCAAGGAACAAUAUGCCACGAAAUCAAACGUGUUGCCAACGGUGAUACCAAAAGUGUUAUCCACCCACAGCAGUAAAAAACAACCUUUCGUAAUGCCUAAUGUACCGUCGGAUAUCGAUGAGCACCGUGGAAUCCUUAGUCGGGAAACAGUGGCCAAGAAGAAAACUGAGGUUAGCGACUUUGAAGAUCUAUUGGAGAAACUUGAGGAUGAUGGAACUACAGUGGAUAUCGACUUAGAUGAUCUGUUGUCGGAUUCAACUAGCGCUGAUACUGUUCCGGAAAUCAAGCCAACGGUAAAAUCAUUACCAUCCAAUAAUGGAAGCGUGAUUUCAUCACCCAGUACCAAACCUCAGCAGCAACAUCAAAAUGAGCUCCGUUCUCAAGCAACAGAAAGUGGAAGGCAAAUAGAUUCAACGACACAGCAACGUACUGGCGCUACAACUGAACCACGAAGCGAUUCCGUGACAAGUGCAUCGUUUAAAAAUGCAUCUCAAAACAGUGUCUCUAGCUUGAGUAAGACCGCGGUGUCCGAAAAGGAUUUAGAUGUAAUUGUUUCGCAAAUAACCGAGAAGUUUAACCUAUCACGCAAAGGUUCGAAAAAUGCAUCCUCUAAAAGGGAUAGCAAAGAUGAAAAGGAACAUACAAAAGACACGUUCACAGCGCUGUUUAAAACUACUGAUGCUUCGCAAACGGAUUUAGAUCUAUUUGACGAGCUGUGUAGAAAGGAAGAUGCGGAACCAAAGAUGGAUCGUUCGGACCUAGUCGAUAGCUCGACCAUCAUAUCGAAGGUGCCACCAACUGCUGCUAUCAUGCCUGACGUAAUCAGUUCUACAAAGAACCUUGCUGAGCCAAUGAAAAUUCUCGAAUGCUUAGAUACGCUAAAGCACGGCAACACAUCUCUGAAAGUGGACCAUCCCGUAAAGGCGACUCCGAUGGUUUUACCACAGGAGAUUCAGGUUUACACUCUUCACACAACAACGUCCACUUCCCAGGAGCGGGAUACCCAACCGCAACCGUCUACACAAGGCAUGUCGGGAGAUUACGCUCACAUCCUGAAGGAUAUCACUUCCGGGUUGGUUGGAGCAGAUUUUGCCGCUCCGGUUGUGUAUGAACCUCCGGUGCGUGAGACCGCUCCACCACGUAAGGAACGGCCCGAUUUUCAGGCUUAUAAACAACUGCUCGAAGAGAAGGCAUCACGAGAGGAACCGAUAGUGACAAGCAGCUCAACAACUGAGCCACAACCACAACGUCCACUUCGACGACAGAAAAAGUUCGAUCGUAACGACUCAACUUCGCCAGCCCGGGCGUUCGACAAUUCGAUCUGUAUCGACCCAUGGCGUGCCCGGAAAUCAGCCAGCAUCGAGAACAUCGCCAUCGAGCAGGUGUUCGUCAAGCAGAACGAUGCCGUUGUCGAUACGUUCUUCGUUGUACCAGAAACGAGACAACAAUCCGCACGUGGCUCUUCCAAACUACGCCGAUCGAAGUCCUAUGAUCGCCUGGCAGUACCACCUACUGGAAACCGGCGUAGCUCGAUGAAGCAGAAACAAUCGCUCGAGGAACUGCGUGACUUCGACUACGAUGUCGAGGCACCAACCCGAUCACGUCAUUUGGUCGAUCCACGCUUACGCCACAUUGAUCUCGAUUUCGGCUCGGAUGAUGAGCUGGCCAGUUUGCGCGAUCAGUCCAGCAGGCGUUGGCAAACGGGCAGCAGUUCUGGGAAAUUCCGCAAGAACAGAUCCAUGACGGAUGUGGCGACUGGCCGAACGGCACGUACAAAAGAUGCACGUGCAGUCGAACCACCGAAGGUCGACAUCGACCGAGAAUCGCCCAGACCACGCACGACCGACUUCUCGAAAUGGGAGGCAAUACUCGAUCGAGGUGUCACGUACUACGAGGGUGGAGCAAAGACCAAGCCCGACGUUAAGAGCCUGGAGAAACGCAUCGAGGAUCUAGAAGUACGUCGCGCACGUCCAGUGCGUCGCAAGGCCAUCCCGAAGGACUACGAUCCGGAUGAGUACGUGCCACGUAUCAAUCGCCGUGGGGCAGAUAUGUACGACGUACCAGAUCCCACGUUACCGCGGGAUUACGAUCCGGACGAGUACGUGCCGAAAGCAAACCGUGCCCACGCUUUGCCAUCUAAACCGGGACAACCUCUACCACGGUCGUAUGAUCCGGAAGAGUACAUCCCGAAGGCCAAUCGACGGGAGCAGGCUUGUUACGAGGUUCCGGUGGCAAUUCAACGUGCCCCUGCUAAGUACCUCAAGGACUCCUACUAUCCUGUAGAAGAUCCGUACUAUGGUGGAGCCUCUGUUCCGCUGGGACGUUCCAAAACCACAGCGCACGUGCCGGUGACGAUGUCCGCAGCUACUCAAGCUUCCAUGGGUGGUAGCAGAGGAGUUUACCAUGAACGUGAAGUACCUCCAUCUCGAGACAUCGCUAGGUCGCAGUACUCACGUCGCUAUGACGCUGAAGAUCGCCACAUAGUCGAUCGCAGUCACCGGUUGCACGAAAAGACGAACAAGUUCAUCCGCACGCAGCUAACUCGCAACGAUCCGAAUCCUUAUAUACGCGAGAUGCUCGAGAAUGACAGUGACGAUGAGUACCAUCACCCUGCGGCUAGCGGUGUUGGAGGUUAUCAUCAUCAAUAUCGCGAUCAACGUCCGUUGCCAUCAACGUCCGGCAGCGCAUUGUAUGGUUCUGGAUCGACCUACGGUAGCUCUGGAGCGGCCGCCAUGAGUCGCAUACAGACGAAGGCGAUCACACAACCAUCGCGCAUGAUGCAGUAUGGUGGUCGCAAGGAUUACCCUGUGCCAACGACAUCUACGGCAGGACGUUCGAGUGGAGUCGCUUAUGAUCAUCGCCGUCGUGGUGGGGACACAUCACGUACGCGAGACAACUGCAACAUCUCGUAA